UCUAUUAUAAUGUUAUAUACUGUAACGCCACACCCGCGAGCGGCAAGUGUUUCUGUCGGCAUUUGGCGCGAUGGCUUUACGCUCACAACUCCUGCGCAUCGUAAACAAUGGACACCAAAUACGCCACUUUCACGAGUUGAAUUCAAAAGAGCGCGCAGGAGUGGAAAAGCUUCGUGAUGUGUUAGGAGAUAGACUGAAAGAGAUCAAACGAGCAAAGACGUGGAAGCAUGAACGGAUCAUUACCUCUCCUCAAGACAGAACGGUGACAGUUAAAGGUGCUGAAGGAGAAUUUCUGAACUUCUGCGCAAACAAUUACUUAGGUUUAUCGAAUCACCCUGAAGUGGUAACAGCUGCUCAAGAAAGUUUGAGCAAGUAUGGAGCUGGCCUUAGUUCGGUGCGUUUUAUUUGUGGAACGCAAAGUUUACAUAAGGAACUAGAAGAUCGGUUGACUAAAUUCCACCAACGGGAAGACACGAUCUUGUAUGGGUCAUGUUUUGAUGCAAAUGCUGGGCUGUUUGAGGCCAUGUUAACGCCCGAAGAUGCUGUAUUUUCGGAUGCCUUGAACCAUGCCUCUAUUAUCGACGGCAUUCGACUUUGUAAGGCCCAAAAGUUCCGGUACCCACAUCGGGAUCUGAGUGAAUUGGAACAUUUGCUCGCGCACUCCGAAGCCCGUAUAAAGCUGAUAGUGACUGAUGGUGUGUUUUCUAUGGACGGUAACGUGGCACCGGUAAAGGGUCUGAGGGAUUUGGCAGACCGGUACCGAGCCCUUUUAGCAAUUGAUGAUAGUCAUGCUACGGGAUUCUUUGGAGCUACUGGCAGGGGAACAGAAGAGUUCUGUGGUCUUAUGGGUGCAGCUGACAUAAUCUGUUCAACCUUGGGCAAGGCGGUGAGUGGAGCUGCGGGGGGCUACACUACCGGUCCCAAGGAACUAAUCACAUUACUUAGAAAUGUCUCGAGACCAUAUCUGUUCUCCAAUGCACCGCCACCACCUGUCGUAGGAGCUUCUUUGAAGGCUCUUGACGUAGUAGAACGCAGCAACGAACUCCGUGAACGGCUGCAUCAGAACACCAAGGCCUUCCGUGAGGGUAUGCAGGCUGUGGGUCUGACUGUAGCUGGUGACGGCCAUCCCAUCUGCCCCGUUAUGGUUGGAGAGGCUCCGUUGGCUGUAGAGCUUGCUUCUGGGAUGCUAGUUAAAGGUGUCUACGUGGUAGCAUUCAGUUACCCAGUAGUGCCGAAAGGGCAGGCGAGAGUACGGGUGCAAAUAAGCGCUGCUCACACUGAAGAAGACAUAAAAAGGGCAGUAGACGCAUUCGCGGAGGUCGGAACUAAGAUCGGGCUUAUCAAGAAAUAAUUACGUUCAAGACUGGAUCCACUGCUUUUUAAGGGUCAAUUUAUGUUCAUUAAACGGAAAGCGAAAAUAUAACAAAUUGUUGAAAGUAUUUCUAUGUUUGAAACUGUGUAAAACACAAACAAAAGAUAUUAUGUUAGAACAGAAUUUCAAGAUUGCGCGAGAAUUUAUAAUAUCCUGGUAAAUGUGUGACUUUGACGGUUUUUUUUGUAUUUUUCAUUCCGUUAUUUGUUAAUUUAAAUUUAACCUCAUCAAUAAAAAAAUUCUAUUAUUCUAGAAACUGAAUUAAAAUGCAUUGAAAUACUUUUAUCAAAUCAAAAAUCAUAAUAUAUAACCGCCAUAUAUUGUACGUAAAUAAAAAAAAUCUAGUACUCGACAAGAUUGAUUUUCAAAUCAAUUUCAUCUUUACGUCAGGUUCUUAAUGUGUUAGUCCUGUAUGUCAAAGCUCAUUUUUGACGUGUUAGAGUCGAAGGUCUGCCGUAUGUUAAAAACUAUCAUUGGAAUUGACAUACGUUAGUUGUAGCGCUAAGUCGAGAUGGAAUUUUAUUUCGACCCUUAUAAAGUGCUGCCAUUUUGGCAACGCAAUCCAGACGAGGAAAUAUUUUUGAAACUUGCAUUGUUUUAAAACGCAUAAUUACAGUGAUACCUAACUGCUAUAAUUAAAAUGCUAUGUAAAUAAACGUUAUUUUUA